UCUGAAAACUGUCACUUCAAAUGAUGGUGCAACGGACAAUGGUACACGUCAGUUUUAAUUGUUUUCGAGCAUGUUAUUUGAAUUUUCUGCCGCUAAAGUGAUGAUAUGCAUUUUUAAGACUUUACUCACUUUAUCUAACAAUGUGCUUAGUACGUGAACAUGAAGUAUAUACAUUCUCCUAAAACAUUUUUCUUCAUUAACUUGCUGUGUUUGCUUUGGUUGCCAAAUUUCUGUGAUAUUAAAGAAAAUGAAGAAAUCAACCCAACCUUACAAGUCCAUCAAACGGUGGCCAGUAAUCCUAGUGCAAUUAAUAAUGUACCCACCAAGCAAGAAGAAACGAGUGGAAAUCUUAAUUUAGAAAUAAGUAAAGAAUCAAUUGUACAGCCUAGUGUAGAAUAUGUAUAUAGUCAGCCUGAGGAAGAGAUUAAAAAUAAUGCAGAUAAAAAAAGUUCAGAAAGUUUCCAGUCUGGGAGUUCAACCAAAAAUGAAAACCAAGACUUGGAAACUUUGGAAAGCAGAGAGAGUAUCAGUAUUAAAAAGAAAACUAUUGCUUCUGUGUUAACCCAAUCAGAUCCUACAAUAGCUGCAAAAGAUACUGAUAAGAGUUCCGAAACUGUUCAGCUCAGUGCAGAUGAACAGAAGGAAAUUCCACUCCAGAGUGAUGAUGUAACGGCGCCUGGUCCUUCUAAGAGUGAUGAGGCUUCAAACACAGAUUCUGUUCCUGCCGCUUCGAGUCCUGUUGUGACCCAAACUGCAAAAAAGCCGUCUGAAUCUUCUCCACCCAAAGAAGAUAAUGUACCUCAGCAGCCUCAGUAUGAUGGCAUGCCCUCCUUUGAUGAGUGGAAGAAAAUGAUGCUAGCUGAGCAAGAAAAAGGAGGGCAGAAAAUCCCUUCUCCAUCUCCCCCUGGGAAGAAAAUUUCUAGUCAAAAGCGCAGACGGAAUUACUCCUCCUAUGAAUGUGGUGCCAAAAUAGUUGCUUCAAAUUCCGAGGCAGAAGGAACCAGUCGUAUAUUAAACGAAUUAGUCGAUGAAUAUAUGCUUAAUCCAUGCAAAGCAAAAAUUUGGUUUGUUAUCGAACUAUGCGAAACAGUACAAGCUUCACAGAUUGAGCUGGCCAACUUUGAACUCUUUUCAUCCUGUCCGAAAGACUUUGUAGUUUAUUCUAGUGAUAAUUUUCCGACUCGCGAUUGGGUGCAACUAGGAAGUUUUACUGCAGCCGAGCAAAGAAUUCUUCAGAGUUUUGAACUGAAGCAAGAAGGAUUUGGAAAGUUUAUUAAGAUAGAGUUGUUAAGUCAUUAUGGCAAAGAGCAUUAUUGUCCUCUAAGUGUUGUGCGCAUUUUUGGGACUUCUAUGGUCGAUGAGUAUGAAGAAAUGGAGACAUUGGAUAGUCAUCAUGAAAUUCCAGAAGAUGAUUCCGAUAGGUUAGAUAUACCUCUAGAAGAUGCAAAAGCAACAAAUUUAUUUGGUAGUGCUACUGAUGCAGUGAUAAAUAUUGUAAAAAAAGCUGCACAAGCAUUGGGCCAGCAACAGCCCAUAGAUGAAAGCAAAAAUGAUACCAGUGCAGAUCAGCAAAAUAUAUCGGAAACAAAGCAUUGCAAAUUAAUCGAUUCGGCUGAAGAAACAUGCGAAGAUGCUUCUGCUGGAGUCGAAAGUGACGCCUCUUCAUUACCUAAAUUUAUUGUUCCUUCGUCAUCAGUACAUCAUACUAUGUUUCGCCUUCUCCAUCGCUGUGAUCAGUGUCUGUCAUCAAAAAUACGCUAUUAUUCUUCGGCUCAGCCGCAGUGCCGAUUCUUCCAAGCCGUUCUGGGACCAGUUGUGUUUCAAGCCCUUUGUGACUGGUUCAAGGAACAUCCACUUGUAGCUGCGCAUGAAUUGCCUGAGCAAAGAGAUAUACCUGCCUCAAUUGAUUCUUUUGUCACAUCACCUACAAAAAGCCCACCUCCCCAAAUCAUGCCAGUAAGAACCGAAAAAGAUUCUUCACUCGAAAUAAUUAUCAAUAGUACUCUCGGUUCCAUCAACCAGUCGGACAAGCAUACCACUGUCAAUGCGACUAACGUGGUGGAGCAAGUACUUAAUAUAUCUACACUGUCUGAUAAAACUAGAUUAGACUCGUCCAUUCAGCCUGUUCAUACCAUAUUUGAUGAAAUGCCCAAUGAUAGCUCGAAACCCGGCAAUGAGACUUUUGAAAGGUCUGUGCUGUCUGUAGAAAUUAAAUCAGAGGUGAUAGGUAAACCAACCGCCGCCAUUCCUACGAAAACAGAUAGUGCGGAUAAGAGUACAGAGACAGUCCCAACCUCGAGCGUCACUGUCAACGAUUUCUCCUCCAUUGCUGAACUUACAGACUCUGAACAGCAACAACUUAACGAAUUUCUGUCAGAAUCCACUUCUGCUUCUCCAGAUGACAUGAUCAUGGGAGACAUCAUUUCUGCAACCGAAGUGCCGCCCGGCACUAAGCCACCGGACGACAGGCUUUCCGAGGUGCGGAACGAAUUGCAAGGGAAAGUAGAGCCAGCCAUAUUCUCGGCUGGCGCAACUGCCGGCCAGAAAGAAUCGGUCUUCAUGCGAAUGAGCAACCGCAUCAAGGCACUAGAAAUAAACAUGUCACUCAGCAGCCAGUAUUUGCAAGAGCUCAGUCAACGGUAUCGUCGUCAGAUGGAAGAAAUGCAGCGUGCAUUUAAUCGCACCAUUGGGACAUUAAACGAUACUGCUAGAAAAGCUGCAGAAAAAGAUUUUAAACAGCAAGAGAUACUGAAUACUUUACAAUUGCAAGUUACGAAUCUAUCUGAAACAGUUGAAUUUCUAUUAAACGAGAGAACAUCUGCUUUUCGAGAGAUGGUAGAGACUCAUGUAUGCCUCAUGGUUAUUGAAGCAAUUAUAAUGAUCACUAUCAUGUCCCUCUGCGUUCGUCGUAUCUCUUCUGCUCGUCAGGUUCCUCCUUUGGAGAAGGAGAAGAUUGUACUACCGCCCCGGAUCUCCAAAAGAAGAAAUUCUGCCGAUUCCUGCACUCCAAUCGCAUGUAAAGUAACAAAGAGAUCUUCCAGUGAAGAGGUCUUAAGUGCAGCAGAAGGGGUGCUUAUUGUCGAACCACCAACAAUAUUCGACCCCAUGUUAAAAGCAAAAAAGAAAAACAGAAAGCGCAGUAAAGGAGUUCACAGAACCAUCUCGAAUCCUAGUGUACCAAGUAAAAAUUCAAAUCCUCCUAGUCAUUGUUUUGAAAAGACCGAAUCCCACUCUGACGGAUGCAUGCUUUCAAACAUAAAAUCGAAGCAUGCGUCGGAAAGGACAGAUCACAUGUGCGAAAACUGUAAUGUCAGCUGUUUAGUAACAAAAGUAAUUGAUAAAGGAAGAAGGUUAAAUGGAGCCCCUCUUCAAAAUCUCACGAACGGAUCAGUAAUCAGUUCCAGAGUGGCCAAUCAACAGUCGGGGAAUGGCAACUUAGCAAACGGCAGAAGAUUUAGUUUCAAAAAGUUCCUGAAAUUUCAGAAAAGGGAUUCUAUCUAGUCUUGUUUCUGUAUUUUAAUUUAUCUUUGUAUAGUUACUGUCAUGUUGCUGUUCGUCUAUUUUUUACACAUGAUUGAAGUUUCAUUUUCAGAUUGUUUUUAGGAGACUUCUACUGUUUCAUUGGCUAUCAAAUCUGUUAUAUUUUGGAGAAACUGUAUUAAGUUUAUUUUGGAAUUUCAAUGAAAUUAGAAAAGAGAAUCUAUCUGAUCAAAUGUAUUUCAAUCGGCUUAAUUUAACAUUCAGCAAUAUUAGGGACCAACAGGAAAAUAUCAUUGUUUCUAGCCAGUUAAUCUUACCAACUGACUAAAGCUCAAAAGUGUUGAUUUCUUUCUUUCCAAUUUUUGUGUUAUCCUGAAACCUUUGUUUUUAAUAUAAUCUGUAAAUAUGGGACGCCAUGUAAAUGGAAGAAGUAAAUAAAAUGUCAUCACUUUUAAAA